AUGGUAAACCUCGAUGAAUUAAUACCCAAACUUGGAGGUUUCGGAUACUACCAGAAAAGGUUAUUUCUACUGCUAAUAAUACCAACAGCAACAGCGGCAAUGUUCAUGAUCAUGAUGGUGUUUGCUCUGUAUACACCGAAUCACAGCUGUAAGCGUCCCCACGACUCCAGUAGCUUCAAUGAUUCCCGGAGUGUCCGGUUCACUGCCUCCGAGUGCACUCUACGACAGGAGGGAGACGAACAGCUUAAUUCCUCAAAUGCUGCUUUAUACAAUGUCUCACGCCAUAUAACAACAUUGCCGUGUUCAGAAUGGGACUAUGAUGAUGACGUAUUUAAGGAAACAUUUACAACUGAACAUAGCCUCGUGUGCCAAGAAAGCUAUAAGAUAUCCCAUGCACAAGUGAUAUUCUACUUCGGUGUUGUGAUAGGAGACAUACUAUUUGGGCAGAUGUCUGAUUUUAUUGGGCGAAAAAAGACAUUGGUUAUAACCAUGUUCGUCUUGUUUGUGUCCGGAUUAUCGGGGUCCUUUUCUCCGGAGUAUUAUAGCUUUGUGGUUAUACAUUUCGUCGUUGGAACCGCUUGCAAGGGAUGCUUGGUUUUGUCUUUUGUUAUGGGUAAGAAGUAUUGA